AUGAAGUUCGCUGCUAUAAUCACAAUUGUUACAUUUUGUUCUUUCGUUUUGGCACAACAAAUCACUUUGGACAGUUUGCUCCAUGAAUUGUCUAAAAGGGACUUGGAAAGCGAAUUUGACAGUAUGCUUUCUGAAUUGUCCCAAAGAGAUAUUAAGAGUGAUAUAGAAAAUUUACUUGCUGAUUUCUCAAAGUCUGAUUUCUUUUCCGAUUUAUCAAAGAGAAACAUUCAAUUGGAUGAAAGAGGUGUGCUUGACUUUGCCACCAGUCUUCUUGGUCUGUUCAACUUUUCUUCUAUUUAUGGUACUGCUGACGAAGCCGCUGGUUGGAUUAACAAUCUUCUCAGUGAAUAUAACCAAUACGUGGUCAGUGGGUUCAACUUGGUCGGUUCAACUGAUUUAGUUCCAAUUUCAUUGAUUUUUGGCUUGGGUAACCCUGUUAUUAGAAAGAUUGCCAAUGAAGUGUUGUCAGAAGGAUUGCAAAUUGCUUUGAACUAUGACUUGACCCCUGUGUUUGUGGCUUUGAAAGACUCCAACUUGGCAUACACAUUUGUUGCAGAUAUGAUCAAGAAUAAAAAUACCUUACCAUUUAUUGAAAGUGUCGUUAGUGACUUGAUUCUGUCUGGUGCUUUGAGUUUUGACUCCCUUUUAUCAAUCAUUACUGGUCGUGGUGAUGGUUCAAGUGCUGCUGCUGCUACUACUGCCGCUGUUGCAGCUACCACCACCACCACUGCUGCUGCUGUUGUUGUUACUGGUACCACUACAGUUGCACUGGCUGAUUCGCAAUCGUCUAGUUCUUCAGGUUCUUCCAGUUUUGCUAGUACUGCCUUCAGUUUCGUUGAAUCUUUGUUCAAGAGAGAAGAAAGUCUCAAGGAUAGAAUUUCUGGUAUUGUCAAGAGAAGCAACAUUUCUAACUUGGCUACCACCAUCAUGAGUGCCCUCGCCAAAUCCACCUUACUCAAUGAUACCUUCAAUUACUUAUUCACCAGUGCCAAAUUUGAACAAGAAGUUGUUGACAUUAUAAGUGGCCUCUUGAAGAACUUGGGUAGUCUCGUUGGUUCAUUAUUUUCAUUAUCCCUUGAUAUUCCUAAGCUUCUCAAGGUUGGUGAAGAAUUGCUUAGUUCUGGUUUGUUGACUGAUAUUUUAAGCAAGGCUUUCAACGACCCAGCUUUAAUCCAAGCCUUGGAAGAUGAUUUCUCUUCUUUGAUUGGUGGUCGUUCCUACAGUAAUUUCACCACAUCUGCUACCACUUCAAGUGAUGCCACCUACCCAAACACCGGAACUCUCCUCAAAGCCCUUCUUGGUGGGGCCAGUGGUAGUCUUUUAAGUGACUUAUUUGGUGGAAGUAGUAAUACUACUACUUCAACUGCUGCUGCUGCUAGAGCUACUACUACUGGUGGUGGCUUUUUCGAUGAUCUUUUCGGUGGUGCUACCAAAGCAGCUACUACCAAGGCCGCCGCUACUGCUACUACUACUGGUGGUGGUUUAUUUGAUGAUCUUUUCGGCGGUGCUAAAACUAAAGCUGCUACUACCACUGACCUUUUUGUUGCUGCUGCCACUGCAGACGGUGAAGCUCUUGCCUCUGUUGGAACUGACGACAUCUAUGCUCUUCCAACUGAAUCAGUUGCCGCUGCUCCUCAAGUUACAGUUCAAGAAUCUGUUAGUAACGCCCCAGCUGCUCCAACCGUGUCUGCUGAAUAUGAGGGUGCUGCCAGUCGAGCUGGUAACACCAUCGCAUCACUUUUCGCCGCAAUUGGUAUGGUUAUGAUUAUUUAA